AUGAAUGUUUUCUGUUUCAUCUCAAUACUUUAUGAUGCUGGUCUAGGAAUAACCAUGUUCAGUCUAGGUAUGUUCAUGGCAUUACAACCCAAGAUCAUUGCCUGUGGAAAAUCUGUGGCAGCAUUUUCUAUGGUUGUUAGGUUCUUGACAGGUCCAACUGUAAUUGCAGCAACCUCAAUAGGCACCAGUAUGCGUGAAGUUCUUUUACAUGUUGCAAUUGUUCAGGCUGCCCUUCCCCAGUGUAUCGUUCCCUUUGUGUUUGCCAAAGAAUACAAUCUCCAUGCAAAUAUACUCAGUACUGCGGUUAUAUUUGGAAUGCUGGUUGCAUUGCCCAUAACAAUACUCUACUAUCUUGGGAAGCAAAAGCAAUAG